AUGUCGGAUAUUCUCAGGCCUCAAGUGAAAUGGAUAGAAGGCAGAUGUUACAGAGUUAAUGAUCCUGCAGUCGAUACAACUACUUUUCAUGAACAUGACUUGUAUGAAAAUGAUAUGACUUAUAAUGACACAAUUGAUGAAGAUGAAGAAGAAGAUGAUUUUGAAGUUGUCAAGGUGGACAAUUCACGAUAUAGUACUAAGUUCCACGUAUCCAAACAUUACCUUGGAUCAAUAAUUGGCAAAAAAGGUGCAAUUAGGAUGAGACUUGAAAGAGAUACCAAGACAGAUAUCAAGAUACCGAGACAAGGCCAGGACGGUGAUGUAGCUAUAUUUGGACCCACGGCACAGAAUGUCAAGGCAGCUAGAAGAAGAAUAAACAUGAUAGUGGUGUCAUCGAGGAUGAAACAAAAAUAUACACAUUUUAUAUCAAUUCCCAUGAACCAUACAGAUGUACAGAAGAGGUUUGAAGAAUUUAAGGAGAGUGUUAUGCGAGAAUGCCCUGGUCGGGGUCUUGAUAGUUCUUUGUUCAUCCAGCCUAGUAAAUUGCAUCUUACAAUUGGUGUCAUGUGCUUAAUGGACAAUGAGGAGAGGUUGUUUGUAUCCAAACUACUUACUGAAGCUAAAGAAAAAAUUAUCAUGCCCAUAUUGCGAGAUCAUUUGCCAUUAAAGAUCAGAUUAAAGGGAUUGUCUUACAUGAACGAUGAUCCUUCGCAGAUAGAUGUUUUGUAUGGACUUGUGCAGGAAGAGGGAGGUCCACAGGGCUUGAUACAACAGAUAGCUGAUGGCUUAGUACAAUAUUUCAAUAAAGCAGGAUUUAUGAAGGACAAUGAAUAUGAUUUAGAAAACGUGAAAUUGCAUGUAACGUUAAUCAAUUCGAAGUAUCGGGUGCGUUCAGAAAGUGCUAGUUUGGAAAAUUCGGAAUCAAAAAGCACGAGACAACAGAGGGAAUCUUUUGACGGUAGAGAUGUGCUUCAAAAAUUUGCUGACUACGACUUCGGAACAGUCGAGUUGACGGCUGUUCACCUGUCUCAGCGGCAUACAAUGGGCCCUGAUGGAUAUUAUCAACCAACUUGUGUUGUCCCGGUUCAUUAA